CGGGCGCAGCGGCUCCGGCGGCAGCGGCGGGUCUCGGCGGCCGCCCCCCUCCUCCUCGGCGCGGACCAUGUUCGCCAAAGGGAAGGGCUCGGCGGUGCCCUCGGACGGGCAGGCGCGGGAGAAGCUGGCGCUGUACGUCUACGAGUACCUGCUGCACGUCGGCGCCCAGAAGUCUGCGCAGACCUUCCUGUCCGAGAUCCGGUGGGAGAAGAACAUCACGCUGGGCGAGCCCCCCGGCUUCCUGCACUCCUGGUGGUGCGUGUUUUGGGACCUGUACUGCGCUGCUCCCGAAAGGCGAGACACUUGUGAACAUUCGAGUGAAGCCAAAGCCUUUCAUGACUACAGCGCAGCUGCCGCCCCGAGUCCCGUGCUUGGAAACAUUCCCCCGAAUGACGGGAUGCCCGGGGGCCCCAUCCCGCCCGGGUUCUUCCAGGGACCGCCUGGGUCACAGCCCUCGCCACACGCACAGCCUCCACCCCACAAUCCUAACAGCAUGAUGGGACCCCACAGUCAGCCGUUCAUGUCGCCGCGCUACGCCGGAGGUCCCCGGCCCCCCAUCAGGAUGGGCAACCAGCCGCCGGGUGCUGUUCCCGGUACACAGCCAUUGCUGCCCAAUUCGAUGGAUCCCACGCGACAGCAAGGGCACCCUAACAUGGGCGGCCCCAUGCAAAGGAUGAAUCCUCCGCGAGGGAUGGGCCCCAUGGGUCCCGGUCCGCAGAACUACGGCAGCGGCAUGAGACCUCCACCCAACUCCCUAGGUCCUGGCAUGCCUGGAAUUAACAUGGGGCCGGGCGCCGGUAGACCGUGGCCGAACCCCAGCAGUGCUAACUCAAUCCCAUACUCUUCUUCAUCGCCUGGUACAUACGUGGGUCCGCCCGGCGGCGGUGGCCCUCCAGGGACACCCAUCAUGCCCAGUCCUGCAGAUUCAACAAAUUCAAGUGACAACAUCUACACAAUGAUUAAUCCAGUACCGCCCGCAGGCAGUCGAUCGAAUUUCCCGAUGGGCCCCGGCUCUGACGGCCCCAUGGGCGGCAUGGGCGGGAUGGAGCCCCAUCACAUGAACGGAUCAUUAGGGUCAGGAGACAUAGAUGGACUUCCAAAAAAUUCUCCAAACAACAUAAGUGGCAUUAGCAAUCCCCCGGGCACUCCAAGAGACGACGGGGAGCUGGGAGGCAACUUUCUCCAUUCCUUCCAAAAUGACAAUUAUUCCCCCAGCAUGACGAUGAGUGUGUGAUUUCCCUCCCCCUCCUCCUCUCCAGGAUCAAGAGAGUCAGCUGCCGUUCGGAGGAUCUCAACGAAUUAUGCAAGAAGAAGAAGAAGAAGAAGCAGCUAGGUGUAUGGGCAGGGACACGCGUGGCGGGGGCCAAAACCCCAGGUUUAGUUUCAUGCAAUAAAAAGGCUGAACUUUUUAUUCCAUAAAACAUGAAGGACAAAACUUAAAAUAUUUCAAGACAUGACAAGACCCUUCUUUGUGCAGAAGGGUUUAUAUAUGUACAUGACACUUCUUUUUGGAAACAAACGGAAGCCUCUAGCACCCAACUCCGAUCUCUUUGCUUUGUUCUUUUAAAUAAAGACAGAAACCGAACCUGUUGUAUGUUUGUGCCGUGCGACACCAGGAAGCUAGUCUAGAUAUGAAAUCAUGUUGUCUCUGUUGUAGUCAUUUUUUUAAAUAAACUGGACAGUUUACAAUGGUGGUUUUCAUUCAGAAGGCCUGUUUUUCUUUUUUUUUUUUUUUUCCUUUUUUAAUCUUGUUUUGUUUGUUUGUUUUUGUUUUGUUUUGGGUUUUUUUUUUUUCCCUUGUAUUUUUGGGGGGGUUGUGGUUUUUUUGUUGUUGUUCGUUUGCAGCACAACGCUUCCUCCUCCAGUUAACAAGAUCUGCUUUGGGGAAGAGACUCCACCACCUCGUUACAAAUUUGUUAACGCAGGUGACCCCUUCUAGGAUCACAUCCUCGAAUGAAUCGUGAUCUUGCUCUCUGUGACUGUGGCAUGCACUGUGUUAGUCUUUCCCCCCCCUCUGAGUACAAGAAGAAAUCUCUUGUCUCCCUCCCUUCCCCAGAGUCCUUCAGCUGGUUCACUGCAAAAAUUGAUUUUUUAAUUUUUUUUUUCCUUUUUUUUUUUAAUCCAC